AUGGCCAUUUUCAUUACUCCUCAUCAGUGGAUCCAUGCAAAUCCAUUAGCUUCUAUUGAAUUCAAUCAGGCCGUCGAUGCAGCCAUGUACGAUGUCGUUUCAUCCUCCUCCUUUCAACAAUACAUUACCACUGUCGUUGGCUUUCCAGUUCCUUUGUGUUCCGUAAAAACAAAAUAUCCCUCUCGAUGGCCCAUUCCGCCCUCUAUUUCCGAAUUGAAAAUGUGUUACGAUGGUUCUUCAUACAUUGCAGAGCCUUGGCCAUCCAUUUAUAAGGAAGUUGGAAAACGAAUUGUUGAUGCUUUCAAUACUCAAUAUGGUUUAACUUUGAAAUCAAAGAAUGUUCCAUUGGUUAUGAAUGAAACAUUGGGUUAUUUUGAUUCAUUGAGAACUGCCGUCGAAAAUGGUGAUUGUGACAUUGCUGUGGCUGAUACCACCAUCACGGAAGAACGAGCAGCCAAAGUGAAAUUUAGUGUCUGUCCAUACGGAGUCUCUGUGAAUGCCUUUCUAAGGACCGAUUUAGAUAAUACCACUCUCACUAAUAUUAAUGAGUUACAACAAUUGAAUCGAUCUGGAAUUAAUGUCACAUACUAUGAAGGAACAAUUUUUGAUACGAUCGCUCAGCAGCAAUUACAAGCUGCAACCAAAGUUCCAGCCUCCUAUGAUGGACAAUAUAUAUUAGCAUUACAACGAAAGGUUCAUGCCGUCAUUGGGGACGUAUUGGAUCAGAAGGGGUGGUUGGAACAGAAUCGGAAAGAUUGUGUGAGUUGUUAUAUUAAGGCGUUUGGAUUGGGAUCAUCGUUUGGGGUCUUUACGCAAGCAACUACUCGAUCCAGUGACGCAGGAAUCAGUGCAAGGAUGACCGGUGCUAGUCAUCCAUUAUUUGUAUGGCUCAUGAUGAGUGUCAUGUGCAUGUGGAUGGUCCACAUGAUGAUGAGCGAUUGA